AUGGGCGACCUUGGUGAGCACAAGAAGCAAGUUCCACAGUGGGUCUUGCGGAGCAUGGGCGUGGCGACACCUGGGUCCGGCCGGCGUGCCGGGAAAUUGCCCGAGGACUUUUUGAAGGUGGCCGAGGGCAUCAUCCUGCAACAGUUGGAAUACGGCACCGAAAUCACUGUGCCUGCAGUGGUCACAUUGUUGCAAACUUGCAUUGACGUCUGGAACGAGCAGGUCGAUGCUUUGACAAAGGAUGUCUCGGAAGCCCGCACGCGCCAGCAAAAGGACCUCGAAAGGCACGGGGAGGUCACACAAUGCGGCUACAAACACGCCCAGCAUGCCCUUCGGAAUUAUGACUUCCAGGCCGCGAAAAUUUCGAAGCCAGGCAAGCACCUUCCCAUGAACGACCCUGUACUCGUUGCCGUGAAAGAGCAUGUCAAAGCGGAGGUGGAAACUGGUGCAGUGCACCCGCUCCUGGUUGGGAAUUUUGAUCAAGUCUGGACCACCCUCUACGAGCCAGCAUCAAGGGUGGUUUGGAAAAACGCGGCCAAGCAGGGCAUUGUGAAGGACUUGAACGUGGAGGACGGCAGAUGGUACACGCGGCGGCUUGUGGCUAGUCAGCUGUGCAUUUCCCUCGGCCUUGAAACAGCGGCAUUGCAGGGCUGGAGCACGCACGGAUGA